CUCACGUGACGAUCUUUUAAAUUCCGGUUCCCCUGCAACGCAAUUUGUCACAGUACGAAUGCUGUGUCCCUGCCUCGCUGCUCUUACGCACGCCACAGAAGCUACAACAAGGACUUGACUUCUUGAACACCUUCAAGCGACGCUCCCCUCUCUUCAUCAUGUUGUUAUUACAGUUUUGAGCUCGCUUGUUUUUUUGUUUUUUUCCUGCUGAAGCGCCUGAGUUGACUGGUACCAUCAGGAGGAGGAGGAGGAGGAGGAGGAGGAGGAGAGGAGGAGGAAAAGAGAAAACCCGAGCAGAAAAAGAAAAGAAUGCAACAUUGCACUGCUGCUCGUGUGUUAUUUCUGCACUGAUCAGGUGAUUCAAACUGCGGGAGUACAACCCAUUUAAGCGUCUGUUCUCCUCAAUGCACGGCCACUAGAAAGGAAAGGAGGAAAACGCGGCUCUGUUGCAAGUCCGGGAUCAUCACCUAUAAAUACUCAAGAUAGACCUCGACCUGCAGGCUAUCACCCUAACAGCCCGAGGAACGAUGUCAUCUACGAAAUUCAAGAAGGAUAAGGAGAUCAUUGCAGACUAUGAGACCCAAGUGAAAGAGAUCCGUAACCAGCUGGUGGAGCAGUUCAAAUGCUUGGAGCAACAGUCUGAGUCUCGUAUCCAGCUGCUGCAGGACCUGCAGGAGUUCUUCCGCCGCAAAGCAGAGAUUGAACUGGAAUAUUCACGCAGUUUAGAGAAAUUGGCCGAGAGGUUCUCCUCCAAGAUCCGCAGUUCCAGGGAACACCAACAGUUCAAGAAAGACCAGCACCUGCUGUCCUCCGUAAACUGCUGGUACCUGGUGCUGAACCAAACAAGGCGAGAGAGCCGUGACCAUGCCACCCUCAGUGACAUCUACACCAAUAAUGUCAUUGUCCGCUUGGCCCAGAUUAGCGAAGACAUCAUCCGCCUGUUCAAGAAGAGCAAGGACAUUGGGAUCCAGAUGCACGAGGAGCUGGUGAAGGUGACGAAUGAACUCUACACUGUGAUGAAAACCUACCACAUGUACCACACUGAGAGCAUCAGUGCAGAGAGCAAGUUGAAGGAUGCUGAGAAGCAAGAGGAGAAGCAGUUCAGCAAGUCAGGAGAUCUCAACGUCAACCUCCUGCGCCACGAUGACCGCCAACCAAGACGCGGCUUCGUCAGGAAAAUUGAGAAGAUGAAAGAGAAGAGGCAAGCGAAGUACUCAGAGAAUAAGCUGAAAUGCACAAAAGCCCGGAAUGACUAUUUGUUAAAUCUGACAGCAACAAAUGCAGUUGUGGCAAAAUAUUACAUCCAUGACGUCUCUGAUAUGAUUGAUUGCUGUGACCUGGGCUAUCAUGCUAGCUUGGCACGCACCCUCAGGACCUAUUUAUCUGCCGAAUAUAACUUGGAGACAUCACGCCACGAGGGACUGGAUAUCAUAGAGAAUGCAGUGGACAACCUGGAUUCCCGCAGUGACAAGCACAAGAUAAUGGAUAUGCAUAACCAGGUGUUCUGUCCUCCAAUGCGAUUUGAGUACCUGCCACACAUGGGAGAUGAGGUGUGCCAGGUGAGCGCCCAGCAGCCUGUCCAGACUGAACUCCUGACGCGCUACCACCAACUGCAGUCCCGCUUAGCUACACUAAAGAUUGAGAAUGAGGAGGUGAGAAAGACCUUGGAUGCCACCAUGCAAACGCUCCAGGACAUGCUGACAGUAGAGGACUUUGACAUGUCGGAUGCCUUUCACCACAGCCGCUCCACUGAGUCUAUUAAGUCUGUGGCCUCCGAGUUCUACAUGAGCAAGCUGAAUGUAGCCAAGAGGAGGGCGAACCAACAGGAGACUGAAAUGUUUUACUUCUCAAAAUUCAAGGAGUACCUGAAUGGCAGUAACCUCAUCAUUAAGCUGCAGGCCAAGCAUGACUUACUGAAGCAGACACUGGGCGAAGGGGAAAGGGCUGAAUGUGGAACUACAAGGCCCCCUACCCUUCCCCCUAAACCACAGAAAAUGCGGAAGCCUAGGCCACGCUCCGUGUAUAACCAUAAGCUGUUUAACGGCAAUAUGGAAAGCUUCAUCAAGGAUUCAGGUCAACCAAUCCCACUUGUUGUUGAAAGCUGUAUCAGAUACAUCAAUCUAUACGGCUUGCAGCAGCAAGGCAUCUUUCGCGUGCCGGGAUCACAGGUGGAAGUCAAUGACAUUAAGAACUCAUUUGAGAGAGGAGAGGAUCCCUUGAUUGAUGACCAGAAUGAGCAUGAUAUCAACUCAGUAGCAGGGGUGCUGAAGCUGUACUUCAGAGGACUGGAGAACCCCAUUUUCCCAAAGGAGCGCUUCUUGGACUUCAUCUCUACCAUCAAACUGGAGUCUGGAGCUGAGAGAGCGCAUCACAUCCAGCAGAUUACUGUGACUCUUUCUCGCACCAUCAUAAUUGUCAUGAGAUACCUUUUUGCUUUUCUCAAUCAUCUCUCCCAGUACAGUGACGAGAACAUGAUGGAUCCAUACAAUUUGGCUAUCUGCUUUGGUCCAACCCUGAUGCCCAUCCCAGAUGAACAGGAUCCUGUAGCGUGCCAGGCCCAUGUUAACGAGGUUGUCAAGACCAUCAUCAUCCACAAUGAACUCAUCUUUCCCAAUCAACGUGAGCUGGACGGCCCAGUAUAUGAAAAGUGCAUGACUGGUGGGGAGGAGUACUGUGACAGCCCACACAGUGAACCAGGAACUAUUGACGAGGCUGACAAUGGAACUGAACCACACACCAGUGAUGAAGAGGUCGAACAGAUCGAGGCCAUCGCUAAGUUUGACUACAUGGGACGUACUCCAAGGGAGCUGUCCUUCAAAAAGGGAGCCUCUCUGCUUCUGUAUCACAGAGCAUCUGAAGACUGGUGGGAGGGACGUCACAAUGGUGUGGAUGGCCUCAUCCCACAUCAGUACAUUGUAGUACAAGACCUGGAUGAUGCUUUCUCAGAUAACCUCAGUCAGAAAGCAGAUAGUGAAGCGAGCAGUGGACCAUUGCUGGAUGAUAAGGGUUCAUCCAAAAAUGAUGUCCCGUCACCGUGUGAACAAUCACCUGAUUACAACUUUGGAGGAGUCAUGGGGAGGGUAAGGCUACGGUCCGACGGAGCUGCAGUCCCACGUCGUCGGAGUGGUACAGACACCAACAGCCCAACCCAAGUUGCUGACACUCCGCCAAGGGCUGCAGCCUGUCCCAGCAGCCCUCACAAGGUGUCCAUUAGCAAGAGUCACAUGGAGAGUCCAGAAAAGAGGCGCCUGGGCACCUUUGGCAGUGCAGGAAGCAUCAACUACCCAGACAGGAAGGCCUAUCCUGAGGGCCACCCUCUGAGACCGGUGUCGGGGGCCACGCGUCACAGCAGCCUCGGGGACCACAAAUCACUGGAGACUGAAGCUCUAGCUGAGGACAUAGAGAAGACAAUGACUACAGCGCUCCAUGAGCUCCGUGAGCUGGAGCGACAGAACACCGUGAAGCAGGCUCCUGACGUGGUCUUGGACACUCUGGAGCCCAUGAAGAACCCAGUUAGCUCUGAGCCUGGCAGUCCUCUGCAUACCAUUAUGAUCCGUGACCCAGAUGCAGCCAUGCGUCGCAGUAGCAGCUCUACCUCUGAGAUGAUGACCACUUUCAAACCCGCUCUCUCUGCCCGGCUUGCUGGGGCUCAGCUACGCCCCCCACCCAUGAGGCCAGUGCGCCCUCCUCCUACUCAGCAUCGCUCGAGCAGCUCCAGCUCUUCAGGUGUCGGCAGCCCUGCUGUAACUCCCACUGAGAAGAUGUUUCCAAGUAACAGUACAGCUGCUGCUUCUAACAUGAAUACGUCCAGUGAUGCUGGAGAUAAGUCUGGUACCAUGUAGCAGAGUUGGGAAGGUUGUAAAGCUUCCCAAGUGAGGGGAAAGCUUAUGGAAAUUAGUGCUGAUAUGUGAAAAGCAGAUAUGGAUAUUUUCCUCUCUGUUUUCUGCCUGACUUAAUUCAUACAUUCAGGAAGCUCUUGAAGCGAGCCUACAAUGUGUUACCAUGGUGAUAAACGGUGGAAGAAGCUGUGGAGGUGUGUUAGCGUAAAGCUCCACUCUCUUUGAAACUUUAAUUUACAAAAUGUGUAUAAGAACACAAACAAUUCAGAUUUACCUCAGUUUCAACAAAAAGAAAUAUGUGGCCACGUUCUCGUUCCAGAGAUACAACAGAUGCAAGUGAAGCAAUACUUGUGUGACAUUUAGUAUUAUAUUCCACACAGCACACGAUGUCCAGCUGAUGUUUCAGUCACUCCUGCUGAUGUGUAUGAAACACCUCAUCUGGACGGUGGACAUUCAGGCUUAAAUACCAUGUCUGGUUACAGGCCUAAAGGCUGUACUUACAAAAUUACUUUGAAUUCGCCAUGCUUUCUGUUUGUACUAUAAUACAGUGGAUUUUGAGCAAAGUAACAACUUAGCGACAUUAUAUACUUCUGCAUGUGAGGUUCGGAUCAAAUUUGGAAAACAUUAGAGACUUGCAUCAUUGAGAGAUGAUGAUGUGAGAUUUUCUCUGAUGGUCAUUGGAAGUGUAAGAUAUUAGUCUAAAACCUAAUUUUCUUUAAUCAAGUUUCAGAUGUCCAAAUAUUUGACAAAGAAAUACUUUAUUUUAAAUCUGUCAUCUAUGUGGUACUCUAGAUGUUGCACUUGAAGUCAUCCCGUUCACAGCUAAAGAUAAAAACGUCCUGGCAUGGAGAUGAUCUCUGGAGUCUAAAACAUACUAACCAGAACAUAGCAAAGCAAGUUGUCCCCCACCAUCAUGUACGGAUGGACUGUGGGCAGACUUAACUAAUCUACUGUAGGCAUCCUGUGGUAACCUUGUACAUAAUAUAUAGCUAGUCAUUUUGAAGCAUUAAUCUUGUACAGGCUGAUACAACAAAGGCAAAGGGUUGGCUGUGAAUGACACUUUAGAGUAAAGAUCAUUAACCGCCUUCUUAUCAUCUCCAGUAAACUACAAACAUUCUUUUUAACUGUGUAAAAUAGAGUUAAAGUAGUUUACCUUGUGCUGUGAGCUUAGAAUGCAUUUGGUAAUUGUACUUUAAAAAAACCCUGAUUGAACGGACAAUGAAGCCUAAAUAUGUUUCCUAUAGGCUUUUGACACACUCGCCCAUUUUCACCCUCAGUUUGCAAAACUUGAACUGCUGCCAUUUCAAGUCUAAUUCGGGGAAUUUUAUCAAUGCAUAAGAUCCAUAGAAAAAAAACUCUCUGACAGAUUCUCUCAAAUUUAAAAUGUGAUACUCAGAGAUACCUGAGAAGAAGAUGUUGUGACAUACUGUUAUCACAUCUGUCACAGCUUCCUUCCUUCCUGCCUUUUUAUUAUCCUUGUAGAUACAGUUAUGCUUUGGCUGUAGACUAUUUAUUUUGAUGGAAGAAAACAAAAUAGAGAAGAUUUCAGUGUUUAUAUCUACUGUACCCCUUGUCAUUCUGACAGCUCUAGUCCAGAGACCUUGUCAUCCGCAUCUUAAAAAGCCUGCUCUGUUCUGCAUGUUUUGCGCUGUAACGUCUGACUCAUAUUCUGCGGCAGUUAAACAAUGGCUGUAUGUGGUGCCUUGCCUGGGUAAAAUGCACAAAUUAAUUCAAUAUUAGAUUUUUUAUUUUUGAGGAUUAGAAAUGAUAUAUUAAGCUGCUUGUAGCAGUUGCUAAAACAUAAGUGAAAGAGAACAAUGCUUGAUUGAGUGAAAUCAACUUAAAUAUUAGCAUGUAAACCAAAUUCCACUGUCAACUGCAGUCAGUCUGUACAUUCUGCAGUGUUACUGAGAUACAUGUAAGUUGAAUAUAUUUGCGUGUUGUCAAUGGAUUGAUUCUUAAGAACACAGAGCUCCUACAGCCAGAACAAAGGCAAUACAGUAUUUCAAGUCAAACAGUGCACUCACCCUCUGCUGGUUCCUGCAGGUAUUGCUUCUUGACACCAUCACCUUUUCGAGGGAGAUAUGAUCUGGAGUUGAUAUUACAAUCAUUAAGCUUAUCCAUAUAGUUCUAUUUGUCUGUCCUUACAGUUUUGCGCCGGUGGAAAUCUAUGAAGAUAAUGUUACAAAAAGCAUAUGUUUAUUGAAAUACAAAGAAAGCACACAAGUUAAAAAGGUGAAGUUAUCAUAAUAUUUAACAAGACUGUUUUUGUUUUUUUAUUUAUAGACACUGUGUAAGUGGAGCAGAAGAUUUGAGUGCCUUUUGUGCACAACAGCAAUUUUUAUUGGACUUUUAUAUUUGCUUUUUUUACUGUAAUAUGUUGUCUAUUAGUUGUUUAUUAAAAAUGAUGUUGCUUUUUAUCUUUACUUUAUACUGCUACUCAGUCGUCAAAUCACCACAAGGAAUAUAUUGUGCAAAGAUAAUCCUCUCAUGAAUUCCAGAAGAAUCAUCAUGGAAGGCUUGUCUGUGUUUGGACUGAUUGCUGAAGACUACUGUAGACGCGAUCUACUGAUGAGGUUCAGUAGAGUCAUCUAAGAAUAUUUCUCUUAACGUUUUUUGUUUUCCGUGUGAGCUGCCUGUGCUGUGGUUGAGCCGUAACUUGUCAUUUAGCUCCUUCCCUCCAUUGCAGUAUUGUUGGAAACAGAGGGACUGAUAUGGACCAUCCUCUUGCAAAGGUCAUAAGGCACCCUGUGCGCUCUCCUUCUCCCUAAAUGUGAUGUUACCAGACAUUUUCUUUCCUGGAAUAUAUGCUGAAAUUUGUAACACUGUUAGUCUACUGACAUGAGUUAAUGUUAAUAUGUUAAUAUUCAAAAAGGACAUCUCAAUAAGGGAGUGUCAUUUUGCGGGGACCGGAGUGUGACUGUCACACCAUUUACCUUCUCUUUAAUUGUUUGUCUAGUGAUGCUGUUUGUUGCUGAGUGUCUGGUAGGUUGAAACCCUGUGAUGUAAUGUACACCAUACCACUGACUGGAUGUAGAAAACCCCUGCAUCCAAAUAAAACCAUUAUUGCUCUGUGA